AUGCAUGGCGCCACACGUAAACAAUUGGCACUCGGCAUCUUGGUUGCACAAAAUACCGCUUUAGUGCUCAUGCUACGAUACUCACGCACAUCCAAGGCGGAUGAUGAUGAGCCAAUGUAUAUUGCAUCGACGGCUGUUGUGAUGGCGGAAGUGAUCAAGAUGAUUGUAUGCUUGAUAGCAUUGUAUAUGGAGCAGCCACUCCGUUUCAGACAUGCCAUACGGUGCGACGUGUUGAGCAAGGAAGCGUUAAAAAUGGCUGUGCCAGCAGGAUUGUAUGCGCUGCAGAACAAUUGGUUGUACGUGGCUUUGAGCAAUCUGGAAGCAGCAGCAUUUCAAGUGACCUACCAACUCAAGACACUAUCAACGGCUGUGUUUUCGAUUGUGCUUCUUGGACGUACGAUUGACACUACCCAAUGGAUUGCCCUCGUGUUACUCAUGGUUGGCGUCACCCUUGUGCAGCUACAGGUGGAACAAAAGACACUGGAGACAUCUAAAAGUGAAAACCCAUUACUGGGGCUUGUGGCUGUACUUGCAAGCUGUGUCUCUUCAGGAUUUGCAGGAUGCUAUUUUGAACGCCUUUUGAAAAGAACCACCACAUCCAUGUGGGUACGCAAUUUACAGCUCGGUGUAUUUGCAUUAAUGUUUUCAGUGGUGGCUAUGGCGACAAAUGAUGGAUCUCGCGUGAUGGAGCAGGGAUUCUUUGUUGGAUAUCAUUGGCUUACAUGGCUUGUUAUCUUUAACCAAGCCUUAGGUGGUCUUGUGGUUGCCAUGGUGGUGAAAUAUGCAGAUAACAUUUCCAAAGCGUUUGCUACGAGUGUAUCCAUUAUAUUGUCAAGCGCUAUCAGUUUUUAUUUCCUUGAUUUUGAACCUUCAUGGUUUUUUAUGAUGGGAGCAAUGAUGAACUUUACUGUUGAGGAGAUCCGUGGUUUGAUGGACAAAGUUACCAAUGUCCGUAACAUGUCCGUCAUUGCUCACGUCGAUCACGGCAAGUCGACUUUGACCGACUCUUUGGUGUCCAAGGCUGGUAUUAUCUCUGCCGGUCGUGCUGGUGAAACUCGUUUCAUGGAUACCCGUAAGGAUGAACAAGAGCGUGGUAUUACCAUCAAGUCCACUGCUAUCUCCAUGUAUUUCCCUUUGGCUGAUCCCAAGGAUGUUGAGGAAAUCAAGGGCCAAAAGGUCGAUGGCCACGAAUUCUUGAUCAACUUGAUUGAUUCUCCUGGUCACGUUGAUUUCUCUUCUGAAGUCACUGCUGCCCUUCGUGUCACUGAUGGUGCUCUUGUUGUCGUCGAUUGUAUUGAAGGUGUCUGUGUCCAAACCGAGACCGUCUUGCGUCAAGCCCUUGGUGAGCGUAUCAAGCCCGUCAUUGUCAUCAACAAGAUCGAUCGUGCUUUGCUCGAAUUGCAAUUGGAGAAGGAAGAACUCUACAACGCUUUCUCCCGUACCAUCGAAUCCGUCAACGUCAUCAUUGCCACCUACUUUGAUGAAGCUCUUGGUGAUGUCCAAGUCUAUCCUGAGAAGGGUACCGUUGCUUUCGCUUCCGGUCUCCACGGUUGGGGUUUCACUCUUCGCCAAUUCGCUGUCCGCUACUCUAAGAAGUUCGGUGUUGACAAGGAGAAGAUGAUGCAACGUCUUUGGGGUGAGAGCUACUUCAACCCUAAGACCAAGAAGUGGACCAACAAGGGCACUGAUGCUGAUGGCAAGCAAUUGGAUCGUGCCUUCAACAUGUUCGUUUUGGACCCCAUCUACAGAAUCUUCGACUCUAUCAUGAACUUCAAGAAGGACCAAACCGCCACUCUUUUGGAGAAGCUCGAGAUCAAGCUUACCAACGAUGAGAAGGAUCUUGAGGGCAAGCAACUUCUUAAGGUUGUCAUGCGCAAGUUCUUGCCUGCUGGUGAUGCCCUUUUGGAAAUGAUCUGUAUCCACUUGCCUUCCCCCGUCACUGCCCAAAAGUACCGUGUUGUCAACUUGUACGAAGGUCCUACUGAUGAUGAGUGCGCUGUUGGUAUCCGUGAUUGUGACCCCAACGGUCCUCUUAUGAUGUACGUCUCCAAGAUGGUUCCUACCUCCGAUAAGGGUCGUUUCUACGCUUUCGGUCGUGUCUUCUCUGGUACCAUCCGUGCUGGUCUUAAGGUCCGCAUCCAAGGUCCUAACUACGUCCCUGGUCAAAAGAACGAUUUGGCUAUCAAGUCCAUUCAACGUACCGUUCUUAUGAUGGGCCGUAACACUGAAGCCAUUGAUGACUGCCCUGCUGGUAACAUUAUUGGUCUUGUUGGUGUUGAUCAAUUCUUGGUCAAGUCUGGUACCAUCACCACCUCCGAGUCCGCUCACAAUAUGAAGGUCAUGAAGUUCUCUGUUUCUCCUGUUGUGCAAGUUGCCGUUGAUGUCAAGAACGCCAACGAUUUGCCCAAGCUCGUUGAAGGCCUUAAGCGUCUUGCCAAGUCCGAUCCUUGUGUCUUGACCUACACCUCUGACUCUGGUGAACACAUUGUUGCUGGUGCUGGUGAACUUCACUUGGAAAUUAUCUUGAAGGAUCUUGAAGAGGAUCACGCUCAAGUCCCUAUUCGCACUGGUGACCCCGUUGUCCAAUACCGUGAGACCGUCACUGCUGAGUCUUCCAUGGAUUGUUUGUCCAAGUCUCCCAACAAGCACAACCGUAUCUACAUGCGUGCCGCACCUUUGGAUGAUGAGCUUGCUAACGAGAUCGAAGCUGGCAAGAUUGGUCCCAAGGAUGAUUUCAAGGCUCGUGCUCGUAUCCUUGCUGAUAAGUAUGAGUGGGAUGUUACUGAGGCCCGUAAGAUUUGGUGUUUCGGUCCCGAUGCCACUGGUCCCAACCUUGUUGUUGAUGUCACCAAGGCUGUUCAAUACUUGAACGAAAUCAAGGACUCUUGUGUUGCUGCUUUCCAAUGGGCUACCAAGGAAGGUCCUCUUGCCGAAGAAAACUUGCGUGGUACCCGCUUCAACAUUCUUGAUGUCACUCUUCACGCUGAUGCUAUCCAUCGUGGUGGUGGUCAAAUCAUUCCUACCUUCCGCCGUGUUGUGUAUGCUUCCAUGCUCACCGCUCAACCUGGUAUCCAAGAGCCCAUGUACCUUGUCGAAAUCCAAGUUCCCGAAAGCGCCAUUGGUGGUAUCUACUCUGUUCUCAACCGUCGCCGUGGUGUUGUCUUCUCUGAAGAACAACGUCCUGGUACUCCUAUGAUGACCGUCAAGGCUCACAUGCCCGUCAACGAAUCUUUCGGCUUCACUGCUGAUCUUCGUGCUGCCACCGCUGGUCAAGCUUUCCCUCAAGCCGUCUUCGACCACUGGUCUGCUAUGAGCGGUGAUCCUUUGACCCCUGGUAACAAGGUCUACGACAUCAUCCGUGCCGUCCGUAAGAGAAAGGGUCUUGUUGAGGACAUUCCUGGCCUUGACAAGUACUACGACAAGUUGUAA